ACCUAACGCAUGCAUAUACGCUAUUCAGCUCUGUCACUAAAACCAUGUGCUCGGUAGUAAAAGCGCCCGCAAUGCUAGUACGCUGACCAUGCUAUAUAAAGCUCAUUUUUCUGUCUCCUACAGCGGAUCUAUCACUGUUUUGGUUUGGACAAUAUGUUAAAUGGUGGAAACAAUGGUUCACACAGAUUACCAGACAAACAAACAAACAAAAAAAGACACAGAUUACCAGACAAAUAAAAAAAAAGCAACAUAAGUGAAUUACCGAUAGGAUCUCCAAAUUUGUCUUGCAUAUGUGAUGAGCACCUGCCAUAAACCCUUGUAUUAAAACGAUGUUAACUUAAUAUGUCGAGUCAGAACAUGUAUAGUUCUCGUGUGGAAUGAGAAAUGUGAGCCAGUUUUCUAACGUCUUCACUCAGAGGGUCGCUAGAUUGACUUCAUCGUGACGUGUUUGGGUGAACAUUUCUCAAGACCUUUGUGGAAAUGUAAUAAUAGAAGGGAACGGGGGCUAAAGACAAUGUUAUAAUCUGGUAUUUCUCAUUCUUUAAUAAAUGGGGUGAGAAAAAAUGGUGAAAUGUGAGAGAUUAGGAGCAAUCUUACAACGGUGGUUACCCAGGGAAGUUCUUUUCACACGUCACGCAAUAAUCCUUUAAAGAGGAUUGCGUGACGACCACAAAGGAUCGAAAUCGGUUCCCACAAUCCAUCGAUCGUCAAAAAGACGAAUCUGUUCAGAGCAGCAGGACUUAUGAUAUAUAACUACCACAAAAGAGUGUAUCACUUUGCAGCUGCAGCAUGGAUCUGUUAAUUAUCGUUCCAUGUAUAGUGGGCCUCUGGCUAAACUGGUCGUUGUUAGCUUACAACAAGCACAAGAUGAAAACAAGCCUAGAUAUCCUUGAACAUCUGAUCAGAUUUCAAGUAACCGCAAACUCUUUUAACCUCUUAGUUUAUCUGCUCUUGCUGAUACCUUGGCCAUCUUGGGGAUAUGCGAUUCGACCGGGAGACUAUUUGUGGACCGUAGAUAUCCUUACCUGCAGAUUAAUCACAACAGUCCAAGAAAUUUCAUCCAUAGUGUGCAUUUUGAACGCAGCUGGUAUUUUUCUGUCAAAUCAGGGGAAAGACGAGCUAAGAAAGGAGAGACUAUGCAACAUUCCAGCUGUAGUUGUUUCGACAUUGUGUUUUUUGAGCGGAAUUCUUGUCGUUGUUUAUACAAUAGUAAUACCUCUUCAGAAACAAAGCACUUUGAGCGGAGAAAACUGUCCUGGCCAUUCGUUUUCAGUGCUCUGCGGACAGACCGAGGUGAAAGCUUUCUUUUUAUGCUACGUGGCUUGUUCUUUAUUUCUGUUUAUCUUCAAUUUGCCGUUUACAAAGUCUAGUGUGAAAAAAAAUUUGGACCUGAGCUUCAAAUUGUUAUCUGGGGUGUUUCACGUCAUCACGUGUUUUCAUCUCUUCUUUGGAGCUGCGUUCAUUGUUAUGUUUCUUUUUGGAGGAUCUUUAUACAGUGUCACUAUCAACAUCGUCAAACUCUAUUUUGACAUAGUCAGUCUUGCCGUUAGUAUCGGCUUCCCUGCAUUUUUGAACACAGAUUAGUUUACAUAACACGAUGUGCAAUCGCCUCCUUCAAGCAGUGGCACCCAACUAGAUGGAAAUUGAGUUAUAGACCGAGAUUCUUUGUAUCAGUAGCAGGAAAUAGAAAUCUGCUGUUUACUAGACUUACUUUGUUUGCU